CAGCGAUUUUUUCGGGAGAUCAAAAUAUUGUUGACACUUAAUCAUGAAAAUAUUGUACCUCUCUGGGGAGUUGCACGUCUAUUCGGGGUUCUCCCUGCCCUAGUUUUGCCGUGGCUAAAGAAUGGUACCCUGACCGAAUAUCUGCAGAAUCGACACAAAGAACUUUCUCGUGGCCAACAGUUUGCACUGCUUAGAGAUGUAGCUCGCGGCCUUGAAUAUUGUUGGUCCAAUCAGAUUGUCCAUGGAGACUUGAGUGGUUACAACGUCCUUAUCGACGAUGGAAAAGCACGCCUCACUGAUUUCGGUUUAUCAGCUCUCAUUCCGGCGAGAAUGAGUCAAGCCUUAUUACCUACCGUUGCUGGAGGCACCCUGCAAUGGAUGACACCCGAAUACUUGACGGCAGAUACCAGCGACGUGUCAUCCAUGUUCUCUCAGGCAAGCAAUGUAUACUCUUUCGGAGGGAUCAUGCUUCAGGUGUUGGAGGGAAAGAUCCCAUACCACUACAUCGCCAAUACUUUUGCUAUAGUUGGUAAAAUAUCACAAGGGAUUACGCCUCGCAGGCCGGCUGCACCUGUGAUCAUCGACGACGACUGGAAUUUCAUCCAGAAAUGUUGGUCACAACAUGCGGUAUCUCGUCCAUCUGCCACAGACAUUAUUGCAAUUGUGGAGGCAAGGGCUAUGAUUGUUGUGUAA